UUUGUCGGGGGCUGAGAGGAGCUCCCGGCCCCAGCGGCGCACGGCCCAGCCCGGCCCAGCGCGGCGAGCGGCGGCUCUCGGGGCGUCGCCUGGCUCCGGCGGCCUGGGCACCGCGGGGAGAGUGAAUGAGAGUUUGCUCCGAUUUACGAGCAGGAGACUCCAACCGUCAUGUUAAGGUAAAGCAGAAAAGUGCAGUGCUGAACAUGCUAAAGAAGUUGGACAAAAUAAGGUUCAGAGGUCACAAGAGAGAUGAGUUCCUUGAUUUAGCAGAGUCUCCAAAUGCUUCUGACACUGAAUGUGGAGAUGAAAUCCCUGUGAAAGUACCUCGAACGUCAACUCGAGACAAUGAAGAGCUGAGAGACCCUGCUGGUCCAGGGACCAUCAUCAUGGCUUCAGGAGUCCAAGAUUUUAGCAGAACGGAGUCUGACAGACUGAAUGAGAUCAAAGGUCACCUGGAAAUAGCCUUAUUGGAAAAACAUUUUUUACAGGAGGAACUCAGGAAGCUGAGAGAAGAAACAAACGCUGAAAUGUUAAGGCAGGAGCUAGAAAAGGAACGGCAGAGGAGAUUAGAACUAGAACAAAAAGUCAAUGAAGUACUUAAAGCAAGGACGGAAGAGGUGCCAGCAGCUCAGCAACCUGCAAAGCCACAGACGCAAGCCAAUGGAACAGAUAAGCGUAGUCACACGGUCUGUUCGAGACUCCAGAAGUGGUUUUGUGACAAAUUUGGGGAGUAUGUUGAGGACUUCAGAUUUCAACCAGAAGAGAAUACAGUGGAAACAGAAGAGCCUCUUAGUGCUAGAAGGUUGACUGAAAAUAUGAGAAGGUUAAAGAGAGGUGCCAAACCUGUUACUAAUUUUGUGAAGAAUCUUUCUGCCUUAUCAGACUGGUAUUCUAUCUACACUUCUGCUAUUGCCUUUAUUAUUUACAUGAAUGCUGUAUGGCAUGGCUGGGCCAUUCCUAUGUUCUUAUUUUUAGCAAUUUUGAGGUUGUCCCUAAAUUACCUCAUAGCCAGGGGUUGGAGAAUACAGUGGAGCAUUGUGCCUGAAGUUUCGGAACCCAUGGAACCCCCAAAAGAGGACCUGACCGUGUCUGAAAAGUUUCAGCUUGUUCUAGAUGUGGCUCAGAAGGCACAGAACCUUUUUGGCAAGAUGGCAGACAUACUGGAAAAAAUCAAAAACUUGUUCAUGUGGGUCCAGCCAGAAAUAACACAGAAACUCUACAUUACUCUAUGGGCAGCUUUUAUUGCAUCCUGCUUUUUGCCCUACAGGAUUAUUGGGCUCGCAAUGGGACUCUAUGCUGGAAUCAAGUUUUUCCUCAUUGAUUUUAUCUUCAAACGAUGCCCCAGACUAAGAGCUAAGUAUGAUACUCCUUAUAUCAUCUGGACAAGUCUCCCAACAGAUCCUCAGCUCAAAGAAAGAUCUAAUGUUACAGUAUCAAGACGGGCAUCAUUGUAUCAUGGUUACGCUAAAAACUGGAUGCUGUCAGGGCAUGAAAAGCUUCAGACAGCAGCUUCCAGAAGUUACGUGGGCUCAAGCGCCCCAACUGGAAUAAGCAAAGAUGAAGACACGAGUCGUUUCCAUACCACCAAGAGGGGGAAUUUCCAUGAAGUUUUUAACCUAUCAGAAAAUGAGCGUCCUUUGGCAGUGUGUGAAAAUGGCUGGCGCUGUUGCUUGAUUAACAGAGAUAGGAAAAUGCCUACAGAUUACAUCAGGAAUGGAGUUCUUUAUGUCACAGAAAAUUAUUUGUGCUUUGAAAGCUCCAAAUCUGGCUCAUCUAAGAGAAAUAAAGUUAUAAAGCUAACGGAUAUAACAGAUAUUCAGAAGUAUAAAGUGCUCUCUGUUCUCCCGGGAUCAGGGAUGGGUAUUGCUGUAUCAACACCGUCUACACAAAAACCUUUGGUGUUCGGUGCCAUGGUACACAGAGAUGAAGCAUUUGAGACAAUUUUCAACCAAUAUGUGAAAAUAACCUCUGCAUCAUCAAGCAGCGAAAGCUAGUAUUAUCUUAGAAGAUCUAAAGGAAACUUUCUUAUUUUACAACUUGGUAGUGGAAAAAAUGAACAUCCUCAUCUAUUUUGCAAUAAUUUUUCUUGUCUGGUCGUUUAUAUUCUAUCUGUUACAUAAAUCAAGUGUAUUUUAUAUAUGCCUUCAUGUUUGUUUUUAAGGUUUUUGUAAAAAAAAGAACAAAAAAACAAAAUGAAACAAAACAGUGGAAGUGCUAUCAUCACUAUUAGCCUUGCACAUUAAGCACUUUUAAUGUUUAUUUACUGACAUUAAAAGCUGGGAAGAUGCAUAGAGAAAUGACUAGAUAACAAAAUGACGCAGAUUGAUCCCUUUAACUCCACUCAUAUCCCUAGGGAUAUAUUUGUCCCUUUAUCCUAAUUAUUUUUAACCUGAGAUGUGAGAAUGGUGACUGCAGCAGCCUGAAGUCUGUUUCUUCAAAUCAAGAGUUUUCAGUUGAGUAAAUACUAAAACUGAGAGCAGCACCAAGGAAGUAUUAGCUUCUUAGUAUUUCUGUAUUUAUAACUGUGUUUAAAAUAACCCCUUAGGGCUAAUUCUCACAUCAUAGAUAUUUUACUUACCUGGUUAGGUUCAGUUUUUCCUACACACAGAAGUUUGAAUUGCUUGUAAAGUGAAUUGGAGGAGAAAGUUUGUAACUAUAUCUUCCUUUCCUAGUUAACCAAAGUAAGGGGAAGGAAGGCAGGCAGAUACUUUUUAUAAAAGAGGGCACCAAAAUGUUGUUCCUAAAAUGUUAGGCAUCAUAUAUUUGUAUUUCUGUAGAUACUUGUCAUAGAAGGGCUCAACUGUUGUACAUGUUGUAUGUACAAGGUGUUUGUAUGUUAAUGCAUUGAAGACUUGCAGGCUUUUUGUGGUGAGGGAGGUGGGAAUAAUUAAGAGACAUGACUUUUAAUUUAGCUUCUCUCUGGAGUUAGCUUGUGAUAAAACCCCCACUAUAAUAUAGCAGCUGAAAGCAUUAAUUCCUUUUCAAAGCGUAAUUUUAGGGGCAUUGCUAUGUUGCCAUCUUUCCCCUUGCAGAAUUAGAUUUCCAUAACAAUUAAAGCCAACUGUAAGGUAAAAUGUGAAGGCUGUGCUCCUCCAAACUCUCUCAGGCCUGUCUAGCAGCAAAGCACACAUUGACCUUUGUCUUUAAUAUUAGAAAGCUUUUAUACUCUAUAUAAUAGCACCCAUCUGAGAGGUUUAGAAUUUUAUUAGCAUUUUUACGAAAGCACAGUAGGAGUUAUGCCAAGCCUUCCCGUAUGUCUUCUCCUUUGCUGUGUCGUUUGAGUUGAGUAGUAUGGAUGCCUUCAGACAUUAUAUGAAUGUCCCCAGAAAAGCAAUGGAGAUGCAAAUUCUUACAUGAAAAUGGGACUUAAUUUCAUGGAUUAUUUUUUUUUCUCUCUUUCUUUCCUUUUUUUUUUUUUUCCUUCAAAUGGGGAUUUUCUUUCUUUAUAGGGAAAGGGGUCAAACGAAGGAGAGAGAGGGAAGACAAACACCAAAAGGUGUUCAACUCUUAGCACAGUUUCUAAUUAAAGUCUUUCAGCAAAUGGCAACAAAUGCAGCAGCAAUGAAGGUGGCAAACUGCACAAACCUUAUUUCAGUCUGGCCAUGGAGAGGUAUGAUGUGAAGAACUUAAUAUGAACUUGAUGUGAAUAAAUAUUGUUGAAUAUUGUGAUUUGGUUGGGUAAAGUGAAACACUGGCAGGUGAAACUGCCCUGGGUGGAAGCGUAGACAAGAAUGGGUGAGAAUCCACCAUAAUGUCUAUUUGUGAGUUCUCCUUUUAGAGUAGCACUUGAAGACGUCUUUACAUGUCCUGAAAAAGGGGUGCAUUUCUAACACCUCCUUAGGUAUGGUGUAACGUAGGGCUUGCAAACAAAAUAUUAUUGAAGCUGGUGAGGAAUCCAUUUUGCCACCAUAUAAUAUGGAUGUAGCUUGACAGUUUAUCGUUUAUUCACUUUACACAUUCAGGUUUUAUGUUUAAGUAAAAGUUCCUGAUCUUAAUUUUUUUUUUCUCAUCAAACCUACUUUAAAAAUCAGUUAAUUUCUUUUUGUAAUUGCUGUGUAUUACCAUUUGGCUUUCCUUUCUAGAAGCUUCCUUGAAUAGUAAGUGUGGCUAACAAAUAGGCAUUAAAAUCGCUUAAUGUUAUAUAAAUCUUAAUCAGAUUCAUUCAUUUUGUCUUAAGAAAAAAAUCCCUUGGGUGUGUUCAAGGUUGUCCUUUUUUUUGAAGAAACAGAAAACUAUAUUUUUUACAGAGAGCAUGCUCUUUUUCUUAUUUUUGUAUCAUUUUUCAAGUGUAAUUUCUACCUUCACUCUGAUCAUAACAGUAGUUUCAGUAGGAAAUCAGUUGGCUUGCACUUAUUACCUCCUCCCCCUCCCACCCUUCACUGGUUGACCCUACUGUAUAGGGUUGUCCUAGAUUCUGGUUCCUGGAGGAGCUAUAGGUCCUAUGCUGAUGGUGCCAGGACAAUUAACCAUACCCAGGCUUCAGAGGGGGAGGAAAAAAAUAAUGAUACUUUUCCCAGACUGGAAUGCCUCAUGUACAAUAUGCUCUUAAAUGUUUUUUUUUCUAGGCAAAGUAAUUAGAAACUUCUGAUGAAAUCUGAUGUGUUGAUGUUUGAAAUUAAUCCGCACAUCAACAGUGUGAACUUAAAAGUUGGCGAUUCUCAAAGCAGUAAACGUAGUGCAAACUGCAAUGCAAUGUUGUUUCAUUCUAAUUAUAGAAAACAGACUGGAUUUUUUGUUUUUUAAUGAAGUUGUAAUAUAACUGACAAACAUCAAUGUACAUAUUUUGCAAUGUUCACUUUACACUGAGCUGUCCAGCUUCCUGCUCCAUACCUGCUCCUGUGGCAUACAUGAUUCUGAGACUAGAAGGUAACCUCGGUGUGUUUACUUAUGCUUUUCUUCCUGCUAAGCCCUCCCAGGUUUGGAGGGCAGGCAGGAGUGAGCAGUGAGUAAAUAUCUACUUGACUUGUAUAAUUACACUGAAGCUGUCACUUCAAAUUCCAAUCUUCCUGCAUAGUUUUGCAGUAUAGCCAGCCUGGUGUAGUUCAGUAACAGGCUGGGUUGUACCACUUAAUGUAAAGUGCUUCUAAUAGCAGAAAGUGGUGUUCUUGUCACUGUCUGUUUGCUGUUUAUAUUUGCAGUUCUGUUGAUGCCUGUGGUUCAUUGCUGGAUCAUUCACACCUAAUUGGAUUUAAGUUCUUUAGAAGUGCAUUGGUUAGUUUGAGUCCCUUUUAAAGAUAAGAGGAGAAAAAAGGGAGAUGAAAACUGACUGCUUUAAUUCUUUAUGGGUGACCACUUAAAUUCAAAAGUCACAAACAGCUGAAAUAUGAAAUCAUGCCUUUCUGUGCGCUGUAGCUUUUGUGAGGCAAGAUUGAAUGAGACAAGCUAUUUAUUUAGUAGCAACAUCACACAGGAUGCCAGCAGAAAACCCUACCCUUGUUCCUGCAGAAAAAGAGAAAAGAGAUUUUACCCAAUCACGAGGAGAUGAAAGGUUGUACUUUUUUUUUUCAGCUACUUACACUUGUAUUAAAACCACUGGUAGUUUUUAUUGAAUUCUGUACAUUUUGGCAGAUGUUUAAUUUCUACUAAUCAUUGAAAUAGAAUGGAUGUUAAAAUUUUUAUGUCUGAAGUUCGAGUCUAUAUUUUGAAGUUGUAAAUAAUUCAUUAUCAGUGUAACUUUUGUUUGACAAAAGACUUAUACUGUAUGAAGAAUGGAAAUAAUGAAAUUAUUUGCCCUGUACAUUUUUUAAGAAAACCUUGUUUGUUUAAAAAGUCUUGUAUAAAUUAUAAUUUUUAUUUAAAUAAACCUAAAAAUGCUUUGUGCUAA